AUGCUCCCACAAAACCCACCAAAGCAUUUGCUCUUUCUCUUCCUUGUGUUAACAUUCUUUACUUACUGUUUUGGCACUUACCAAGAAAACCCACAUGCUAUUCUUGAACAGGACAAGAAAAUGAGCUCCAAGCCUGUGUUUUCUAGCUUUUCCAAGCUUGUUAGGCACGGAAACACUUCUACUACUGUAAGUUCAUCAAACAUAAUACAGAUCAAUGUGGAUGAUUUUGGAGCUAAGGCUAAUGGAACAGAUGAUAGUGAGGCAUUCAAGAAAGCAUGGGACAAGGCUUGUUCUUCCAAUGAAACUGCUAAUAUUGUUGUCCCUGAGAACAAGACUUAUCUCCUUAAACCUGUGACAUUUUCAGGUCCUUGUCAAUCUGAUCUUACAUUCCAGAUUAAUGGGACAAUAGUAGCUCCUGGUGACAUGAGGGAGUAUGAAGAUGACAGAAGCUACUGGAUUGUAUUUGAUAAUGUACAAAAGCUUGGAGUUAAUGGUGGUGGCACUAUCGAUGGCAAUGGCAGGGAGUGGUGGGAAAACUCUUGCAAAAUCAACAAAAGCAACCCCUGUGAAGAUGGACCAACUGCUGUCACCUUCAAUGAGUGCAACAAUUUGAUAGUAUCCAACCUGGGGUUCAAAAAUGCACAGCAAAUGCAUCUCAGAUUUGAGAGCUGCAUUAAUGUUAGCGCUGUGAAUCUCACUGUGACCGCUCCUGGGAACAGCCCUAAUACUGAUGGAAUUCAUGUCACUGGCACCCAAAACAUCAUUAUAAGAAACUGUGUCAUAGGAACUGGCGAUGAUUGUAUAUCAAUAGUAGAUGGGUCCAGAAAUGUCAAAGCUACAAAUAUUACGUGUGGACCUGGACAUGGAAUAAGUAUUGGUAGCUUAGGAGCCAAUAAUUCAGAAGCUGAAGUUUCAGGUGUGUCUGUUGAUAGAGCAAAACUUUCAGGAACCACUAAUGGGGUCAGAAUUAAGACUUGGCAGGGAGGAUCUGGAUAUGCAAAAAACAUAACAUUUAAAAAUAUUAUAAUGAAAAAUGUGAGCAAUCCUAUAAUUAUUAAUCAAAACUAUUGUGAGAAAGAUGUACCAUGCCCACCUGAACAGAAAUCAGCUGUGCAAGUAAGCAAUGUAAUUUACAAGAACAUAACAGGAACAAGUGCUACAGAAGUGGCAGUGAAUUUUAAUUGCAGCAGGACCUUUCCUUGCCAAGGAAUUCAGUUGCAGGGUAUUAAUCUUGAAUAUGAAGAAAAUGAAACUGAUAUAGCUGAUUGUGUUAAUGUUCAAUUGACAGAUAUAGGGAACGUUUAUCCUCGGUGCAAUUGAAUAUUCCUUGCCACUGAAUUCAGUUGCAGGAUAUCAAUCUUUAAUUUUAAUUUUUUUAUGUAAAUGGAGAAAUAACAUAAAAUAAAUAUUUAUAAAUAAAAAAAAAUGAUGAACAAAAUUUAUGUUAUCAAAAUCUCUCUCUACAAUCUGUUACAAGUAAACCAUUCACGGGUUUGAAAUUUAAAGGGAAAAAAAAAUUCUAAUGCUUUAAUUUUAAAAUUAAAAAUCUUAAUCAAUAAAAUGAAUUCAUUAAAUUAAUAAUUCAGAUACAAAAUAUUUAUCUUUUCUAUAACCUCUCUCUCUCUCUCUCUCUAUCUCUCUCUCUCUCUCUAUAUAUAUAUAUAUAUAUACACACAUAUAUACACCGAAUGCUAAAAAUAAUUCUAUCUAUCCUACAAAUUGUAUUAAUAUUUCAGUAUAUGAUCAUAUAAUUAUCCAAAUGUAAAUACAUAUUUAGUUUAUGUUGAAUUCAUGGAUAUUCUAUACUCUAAACCAAAAUAGCUUAAUAAGUAAUUUAUUAAUGGGCAAUUGUUUUCUUAAUAAUUUUACAUA